AAGCCAGGAGAGUUAAGCACCCAUUAUCGUUGUGCAGUCGACGCUCACUGUACCGUCCUUGCGAGGGUGAGCAACAGUACCAGCUAAGCUAGCUAGCUACAGCGUACGGUGGCCAUGGCGAGCAGCAGCAGCAGCAGCCUGGCCGGUCUGGCGGUGCUGCUCACCGCCGUGCUGUGCCUGCAGCUGCCGAUCCACAGCCGCGCGCAGCUGCGCGUGGGGUUCUACAACACCACCUGCCCCAACGCCGAGGCCAUCGUCCGGCAGGCCGUCACGGCCGCCUUCGCUACCAACUCCGGCGUCGCCGCCGGCCUCAUCCGCCUCCACUUCCACGACUGCUUCGUCGAGGGCUGUGAUUCCUCGGUGCUCCUGUCCGUCAACCCCGGCGGAGGCACGCCGGAGCGUGACGCGGCACCGAACAACCCGAGCCUGCGUGGCUUCGCGGUCGUCGACGCCGCCAGGGCCGCAUUGGAGCAGAGCUGCCCGCGCACGGUGUCAUGCGCCGACAUCCUGGCCUUCGCCGCCCGGGACAGCGUGAACAUCACCGGCAGCAACGCCUUCUACCAGGUCCCUUCCGGCCGCCGCGACGGGAACCUCUCGACCCAGGCCGGCGCGUUCACCCUCCCGGGGCCGAACCUGACGGCGGACGGCCUCGUCAGCGGGUUCCAGGACAGGGGGCUCACCGCCGAAGACAUGGUGGUCCUGUCCGGCUCCCACACCCUGGGCCGCUCCCACUGCAACUCCUUCAUCGUGAGGAACCGGGAGCGGCUGGCGAGCGGCACCAUCGGCCCGGCGUACCAGGCGCUGCUGGAGGCGCUGUGCCCGGCGAACACGAGCCAGUUCACCAACGUGACGACGGAGAUCGACCUGAGCACGCCGGUGGUGCUGGACAACAACUACUACAAGCUGGUGCAGCUCAACCUGGGCCUGCACUUCUCCGACGACCAGCUCAUCCGCAACGCCACCCUCAAGGGCUUCGUCGACACCUUCGCCGCCAACGAGACGCUGUGGAAGGAGAAGUUCAUCGCCGCCAUGAUCAAGAUGGGCAACAUCGCCCCCAAGACCGGCACGCAAGGGGAGAUCCGCCUCAACUGCAGCAUCGUCAACCCGUCCUCCACCUCUUCGUCCGGUUACGAUGGGGCGAUCCAGAUGCUCCGCCGCCCGGGCUCCGACGAUAAGGUCGCCUCGGGCUGAUGUACAGUAUGUGCGCAGAGUAACGUGUGUGGUGUUGGCACGUCCUUGCUGCGUAUGCGUAUGCACGGGCGUGCUGGCCGGUCGGUGUCCGUUCGCACCUACACUUGUGAUGAAUGAUGAAGAAUAAACGAUGUCGUGCUCUGAGUUGCUGAGUCA